AUGGAUGCAGUAUGCGGAAGAGUCAUAAUACCUUUGGAAAGACCGACGUCUUCUCAACUCCUUUUAGGUGCGCUUAUGAAUGAUGGGAAAGUUGUCAAAGUUGUGUUGGAAUUGAGGAUAUGUCUUUUCAUGGACGUUCCUCCAGGAAUGGAGACUUGGCUUUCAGUUAAGCAGCUGAAUUUGGAUAUUCGAAAGGUGCAAACUUAUGAUCACUUCACCCUGCCACCAGACGUCGUUUAUUCAAGGAAUAAAUUCAGAGUGGGAUUUGAGGGACAGAGCGUAAAAAUGAGAGAUCUCCACAAAUCCGCACCUCAAUACACAUUCUCUCUUCAUCAAUCUUACAACACAAUAUCAAAGCAGUUGAAAGUAUCUUCUAUCACGAUCACUCAUAGCACUAUCUACUCCAACAUCAGCAGCAGAUACUUUUAUUCGAAUCGCAAACUUAGACAAUCCUCUAUCUCUCUAACCAGAAGGGAAAUCUUCCCAGAAUCGAACUUCUUCAAGAAGAAUCGUGCACCUACGCUUCCUACUCCAGCUGAGUUCAGAUCUAGCGCUCUCAACGAGAAAACAGGCAAUAUCCGCGCUAUAUAA